CUGCAGUUGAAAAGAUUAUUAAACCUGUUUUAAAAAAUACAUUUUAGACCAUAAAUAAUGUAUACGUUGUUGUUAAAUGAUAAUACUGACAUGAUGAUAUUAAAUAUUUAUAACAGUGUAUUUCUCUGUUGUAUCGUAAUGGUGGGAGGAGCGUGUUAUCAGUAGUGUAAGAAAAUUUGGCAGAGUAAGUGAGGACGAGGAUCGUUUUACACUGCAGGUUGGGUUGGCUGUUUUCUUUUUUGGAGGACAGGAACUAGUCGCGUGUCGGUCGGCUCGGGUAAAGUUGAAGAAAGAAGUGGAGGUGCAUUUCACUUGCAAUAAAACAAAAUAGUCGGAGACAACAGACAAGAACAACAGACAUGGGGAACCGUGUGGCUCGAGACGAUUAUGAGUGGGUUUACACUGACCAGCCGCACGCCGACCGGAGGAAAGAGAUUUUGGCUAAAUAUCCAGAAAUAAAAUCUCUAAUGAGCCCGGAUCCCAGGUUAAAAUGGAUAGUCUGCAUGAUGGUUGCAGUGCAGUUUUUAGCUUUUUACUUGGUAAAGGAUCUGGACUGGAAGUGGGUUCUGUUUUGGACUUACGCUUUUGGCAGCUGUGUCAACCACUCCAUGACACUGGCCAUCCACGAGAUCUCUCACAACACUGCGUUCGGCAACACCCGGCCCUUGUGGAACCGCUGUUUUGCCAUCUUCGCCAACUUACCCAUUGGCCUGCCCUACUCGGCUUCCUUCAAGAGAUACCACCUGGAUCACCACCGCUACCUGGGCGGGGACGGCAUCGAUGUCGACAUUCCCACCGAAUUCGAGGGCUGGUUCUUCUGCACGCGCUUCCGCAAGUUCGUAUGGAUCAUCUUGCAGCCUCUGUUCUACGCUGUGCGGCCGCUCGUCAUCAACCCCAAGCCAAUUAGCCGGCUAGAGAUCAUCAACCUAGUGAUCCAGUUUUCCUUCAAUGUUGGGCUCUACUACCUGUGGGGGUCCAAGCCACUGGUCUACAUGUUGGCCGGCUCCUUGCUCGGCAUGGGGCUGCACCCCAUCUCCGGCCACUUCAUUGCAGAGCAUUAUAUGUUCUUAAAGGGACACGAGACAUACUCUUACUAUGGCUCGCUCAACUUGCUCACCUUCAACGUGGGGUACCACAACGAGCACCACGACUUCCCCAGUGUUCCUGGCAGGAGGCUGCCCCUGGUAAAGAAAAUUGCUGCAGAGUACUAUGACAACUUGCCCCAGUACACAUCGUGGGUGAAAGUGCUGUAUGAUUUCAUUAUGGAUGACUCGCUUAGUCCCUACUCCCGUGUCAAGAGAAAGCUGAAGGGCGAGGUGAAGCAGGAAUAAAUCCUUCCUGCCAACUCUGAGAACUGCUUAAAUGGUCAUAAUUGCACAGGCUUUAAAACCGCUUGUGGCAGUGGGUAUCUCAUUUAUCAAGAACUAAAGGUAGUUUAUUAAAAACGGAGCUAGAGUCCCGGCGGAAACUUUUGUGUUUGAUGGUUUGUUUUGUGUUUUGUUCGUUUUAAAUAUGUGUCUGUUAACAAGAGCUCCCAUAUACUUGCACACAUGACUAUUGUGAAAUACUUGCACUAAAUAGCUGAAGUGUGGUGGUUAUGAUACAAGACGACCAUUCAUUUAUCACAAAGGAGUGAAAUGAUUGGACAACAUGUCUAGUAAAACUUGGCAAAAACAGCUUACAACAAAAAAUGACAUUCUCAGACACAAAGCUUUGGUUUGAUUUCACUUCUAGUGUGCAGUUAAAGAUAGACUUUUUCAGUGCUGAUCUAGUCUGUAAUGUAAGCCAUGCUUAUGGAAACAAAGUCUGAACUUGUAGCCUGAGACUAAAGUCAUCCACUUUAACUCUUGGUGAACAAAUUAGCUAUAUGCGAUUCCAAAAAAGUUAAAAAAAAAAUGAUAUAUAUAUUUACACAUUUAUUUGCCUAUGCAUUUUACAGUUCAUAUUAAAUACACACAACACGUGUAUAUAAAUACAAGGCUGGAAUGUUUACAGUGCUUUUACCAUGAAGUUCCUGCUUGCCAGCCAAGCUAACCCCAUUUAAAUAGCAGUCCUUUAUUAGUGCUGUAUGUCCAGACUACCUAAUUUUAUUCAAAAAGUAAUUAAAUCGCCAUUUGUAUUAUGCAACAAAAAUACAUUUUUGAAACUUGUCUGGACGAGUUGGCUUUGUGGAUCCAUACAAGUUGUUCAAUGUUCAAAUUGUUUAUUCUAUUCUUUAUCGCCUGUAUCUCUGAACUAAUUUGCAACAUAGCACUACUGUACGUAACUGUCACCAAGUACAGUAUAGUACUGUGUACUCUUGUUUCUUUUAUAUAGAAAUGGCCACAUAAUUCCCACAAGUAUUGCCUUGAAUCUCCCCAAAGGAAAGUGCAAACUAUUGUGUAAAACGUUCAUAUUUACAUUCUUAAUAAAUACUGCUAUUAGAAUGAUGUCUCUAACUGGUAUGCAAUACUUUUGGUUUCAUAUGCACUUUGGUAUAAAAACUGCCACAGCUUCCAUUAGUGUCAGUAUUAGUGCAUUCUAGAAAAUAAUUAUAAUAUUUAUUCCAUAAGUUAUUUAUUUGCUUUUUGAUUAGUACUUACUAAUACACUCCAUUUCCACUUGUAUAUUAAAGAAUACAUUAUCAGAUCCUCUUGAGCUACCUGUGAUGCUUUGUUAAAGCUGUUCUCUUUAAUAAAUUGUACUAAAAAAAAAAAAAAAAAAAAAAAAAAAAUCGCAUGCAAGUGCCUAAAUGCAUUUUUUCACGUAAAAUAUUUUUACAUUGCUUUACAUUUUCAUAAAAAGGGUUCCCUUUACCUAUAAAAUGCUUUGACAAUUAGUACAUCCUUUGUUUCCAGCCUUUCCAGGUCUGUGUGAUCUACUACUGUAUGUUUAGUAACUUGUGACUGGGGUGGGCAAAAAACAAACCAAAAAAACAACACUCUAGUGCUGUAAGAUUUUAUUAUUAUUAUUAUUAUUAUUAUUUGUGGUGUUUGUUUAGAACCAAUAAAUUCAGGACCAGUAAUUAUUUCAAAGUUAGCUUCACAUUUAUACUUACAAAAUGAAUAACGUCUGUAUUACAAUUACUAAAUGAGACAUACUUGCUGUUAAAAGGCUAAUACGUCUAUUGGUUAAACUCUACUUUUAAAGCAUUAAGCUUGCUUUGCAGUGGUGUAUUAGUGUUUGCCUUCUAAUUGGUAAAGUUAUUUAUGGGUCUUUUAUUCAAUAAGCAUUAUUGAAAAGUUGGAAAACAAUAUGUAGAGCGUGUGAGCUGCAGUAAUAAAACUAAGAUUGUAAUCUG